AUGAUACUGAGAACAGUCCCUGGGGGCAUCGUCCUUUUCCUCCUACUUAGCGGAUCGAUCGCUGCUCAGGACGACGAUUCUUUGGCUGGCAGUUUCUUGUCAGGCUUACUAGACUCUAUAACAAGUACAGCCAACAGUGCAGAUUGUCCAGGAGUAUGCGUACACGCAUUUGCAACAUUAAUAUGUUACGAAGUUCUCGAACACGUGCAGUGUCCUACUAGUAUGAGGUGUUGCAUCGAGGCGCCUAUAAAUAGUACUGGUACUUCUGAAAAUGCUGCAAACGACGAUGGCUCUACUUCGACCACUGCUACCACCGUUAAAACAACCACAACUACGAGCACAACAACGCCCUCUACGACUACCGCGCUCACUACUAUGUCCUCUACAACAUCUUCAAAGACAACUCCUGAAAGUCAGAAGGAAACAGCGAAUAAAACUUCAACGAAAACAUGCUCAGGAAUUUGCAUGGCAGAGAGAAUUGCUGAUUAUUGCGAUGCGGUAUUGGUAAUAGACAUCCUUUGCAAACCAGGAUAUAAAUGCUGCGUAUCCAGAGAUGCAUUCGGAGACUCGCCUCCACCGGAACUGCUAGUCAUAGACCGAACAAAUUCCAGUCGCUUCGAUGAGAAGACCGGUAUGAAUACAACGUAUAAAGGUUCUACGUCUUCUACAACUACAAGACCAAACAUGGUUACUUCUACAAGUGCAUCUAGUACAACAGUAUCGACGACAAUCACAACGAUGAAACAAUCGACAACAACGAUAAGACCAAAGAUCUCGGUGAGGAAACCGUGUAAAGGUGAAUGUGUCAGUGGUUUCUUUGCUCUUUUGUGCGAUAAAGUGGAUGGUGAAGCUGAAUGUCCCGAUGAUGGAUCUUGCUGCGUUAUCGAUGCUUUCUUGAAAACGGAAACAACAACAACGACGACGACACUUCGACCAAGCACGAGACCGCCACAAUCAAAGUUACCAGCGUGUCCUGGAUUUUGUAUGUUAACCAUUAUGGCAGCCUUCUGUGAACGACCAAAUGUAAUAAUAGCGAAGACUUCGACCUGUCAAUCUGGAUCUAUUUGUUGUGACAGCACGAAAAGCUCGCCGCAGACACCAAGGCCAAGGCCAAGGCCAACACCAAGACCAUCAAUCACUACUGUUUCUUUACCACCAGACCCACGCCCAGAAUGUCCUGGAUCGUGUAUUGUCUCUUACUUAUCAUUCACCUGCUUCAGGAAUGCUGAACUGACGAAUUUGUUUAAGUGUAAGAAACAAGGGCAUCAAUGUUGCGCUCCAAAAUCGUUGAUACGAGAUUUCAUUGGUGGAAAUUCUAGUGAGCCAGUUUUGAGUAACAGGAAUGACACUAUGUACGUUACUUCGAGGCCAUACACAACGCCACUUACAACAGCUACAUAUGAAACAACGACGGUGAUGACAACUAUGAGAAGUCCUGUAUACAGCAAAUAUGUGUGCGGUGUGAAGGGAACUUCCCGUGGUCCGAUUCAAGCGCGUAAUUUUGAAAGAGGAGCACGCGUUGUCGGUGGCGAGGAUGCGGAUGCCAAUGAAUGGUGUUGGCAAGUUGCUCUGAUCAAUUCCUUGAACCAAUAUCUUUGCGGUGGUGCGCUCAUUGGAACACAAUGGGUCUUGACAGCAGCACACUGUGUAACAAAUAUUGUAAGGUCUGGGGAUGCUAUUUAUGUGAGAGUUGGUGAUCACGACUUGACGAGGAAAUAUGGCAGUCCUGGUGCUCAGACUUUGCGAGUAGCAACCACUUAUAUUCAUCAUAAUCAUAACAGUCAAACACUCGAUAACGACAUAGCAUUGUUAAAACUCCAUGGACAAGCAGAACUUAAAGAUGGUGUUUGUCUAGUAUGUCUACCAGCACGAGGAGUUAGUCACACAGCUGGUAAACGAUGUACUGUCACCGGUUAUGGAUAUAUGGGUGAAGCUGGUCCUAUCCCGCUUCGAGUACGCGAAGCCGAGAUACCAAUCGUAAGUGAUGCGGAAUGUAUACGAAAAGUGAAUGCUGUAACUGAAAAGAUUUUCAUUUUACCAGCAAGUAGCUUUUGCGCUGGUGGUGAACAAGGCAACGAUGCCUGUCAGGGCGACGGAGGAGGUCCUCUAGUAUGUCAAGAUGAUGGAUUCUAUGAAUUAGCUGGUCUCGUUUCGUGGGGUUUUGGUUGUGGAAGAUUAGAUGUUCCUGGAGUAUAUGUCAAAGUUUCAGCGUUCAUUGGUUGGAUCAACCAAAUUAUUUCCGUAAAUAAUCUUUAGCUAUUUUAUGUUUUAUUAAUAAAAGUUAAAGUAUUUAUUUAUUAAGAAAA